GGAAGGGGUAGAGGACGGGCGGAUCCGGGAGCGAGGCGCGGGCGGCGGCGAGGGAGGUGGAGGAAGCGGCGCUGGCGGUGCUAGCGGAGAUGGAGGAAGAAGGCGGGUCCCGGCCCCGAUGGGAAGACGACGACGACGAGGAGGUGGUGGCGAUAGAGGAGCGGCGGGAAGCAACGGAGGAGACGGGGGGUGCUGGUGUGGUGUCGGGCAUCGCAGGGCAAAUACAACAGCAGCAACACGUAUACAAAGGCAAAGAGAAAAUUACGAAAUUGCCCCACCCAGCCCAGGCCUCUCCCUCUCAAAGAAGAAGAGGCAAAGGAAACAAGACAAGAGGCGAUCGAUCGAUCGACGGACUGCCAUGGCCGCCGCCGCCCAGGCGCAGGCGCAGGCCAAGCUCCUCUACAUUGUGGUGGUCGACGACGAUGCCUCCACCUUCCGCUACACCCGCUCCCUCCUCCACAGCACUCUGCAGCUCAUGGGAUGCAAGCCGCGCCACGCCUUCGAGAUCAGCGCCAGGGUCUUCGACGAGAUCCGAGCUCACAUGGCCGGCGAUAUGCCCAUGGCCGCCGGCCUGCAGCGCUACGAGCUCGCCGCCGACGCCGACGCGGCCAGCCCCAGACAGUUCCAGUUCGAGCUCUACAAGCGCCGCACCACCGUUCUCGUCCCGCGCCCGCUCUUCCUCCGCCUCGUCUGCCAGGCGCUCGCCCUCUACAAGUACGUCGCCCCCGACCAGCGUGCUGAUCUCCACCGAGCCUGCAGGAUCCGGGAAAGGAAGGAAUCUGUCACGAUUCUUCUCUGCGGAACCAGCGGCUGUGGCAAGUCUACUCUUUCCACCUUGCUGGGUAGCAGAUUAGGAAUCACUACUGUAGUCUCCACCGAUUCCAUACGCCACAUGAUGCGCAGCUUUGUUGAAGAGAAACAAAAUCCCCUUCUCUGGGCAUCUACCUAUCAUGCAGGCGAAUGCCUUGACCCAGUAGCGGUCGCAGAAGCAAAAGCUAGGCGGAAAGCCAAAAAAGGCUCAAGCAGCUCAAGUAUCGAUUAUGAUAAAACCAGGGCUCUCAAUGACAAAGCUGAUGGCAAACCAAUUGGGAAGAAGCAAAUGGCUAUAGAGGGCUACAAAGCACAAAGUGAGAUGGUGAUCGAUAGUUUGGACCGGUUGAUUACUGCUUGGGAGGAUCGCAAGGAAUCAGUUGUUGUUGAGGGUGUUCACUUGAGCCUUAAUUUUGUGAUGGGGCUAAUGAGGAAACAUCCUUCCAUAAUACCUUUUAUGAUCUACAUAUCUGAUGAGGGCAAGCACACUGAGAGGUUUGCCAUACGUGCAAAGUACAUGACACUUGACCCAACAAAAAAUAAGUAUGUCAAAUACAUUUCCAACAUUAGAACUAUCCAAGAGUACCUCUGCAGCCGAGCUGACAAGUACCUAGUUCCCAAGGUGAACAACACUAAUGUUGAUCGGAGUGUGGCUUCUAUCCAUGCCACCGUCUUUAGCUGCCUCCGUAGGAGAGCUGCUGGCGAUCAGUUAUAUGACCCUGCUACAAAUACAGUAGCAGUUGUAAAUGAGGAGUACAAAAACCAAUGUAUGGCUAACUCCAUGAGUUCUAAGGGGAUGUUCAAAUUGAUUCAAAGGCUAGGAUCCUCAAGAAAGCUCAUGGCCAUUGUUAAUGUCGAUGGAUCUGUUUCAAAGGCUUGGCCGGUUGAAUCCAGCAGUGGGGAUGGAAAAUGCAAUUCAGAAAAUGGCAGUAAGAAAUCUGUAGGUGAUCCAAUAUAUGGGCCUCUGAACAUUGGAAGGGCAGAGACCAUCAAUCUUCAGUUUGGCACUUUUGGAAUAAGUGCCUGGCCUACUGAUGCAGGCUGUACGAGUCAAGCUGGAAAUGCCAAUGAGUCACGGGAGAAUGCUAAUGAAGGCACUGGAAGUCAUGUUACUUCUUCUUCUGGUUCUCCUAAGAGGUUGGAUGGACACUGUAAAGAGAUUAAAGAAUCAGCAGCAGCAUCUGGGAGUGAUGAUGAUGAUGAAGAAGAAGAAGAAGAAGAAGCAGAUGUUCGACCUAAUUCAGGGAGUGAGGACCUAAGUGAAGAAGACACAAGGGAGAUACAUGAGAUGGAAGGUUCCGUCGAUGAAGAUUGCAAUAGGUCUGAUGAGGAAUAUGAUGACCUGGCCAUGCGUGAUAGUAUGGAGGAUGGUUUUUUGACCGAUGAUGGUGUUGUUCACACCAUACUAAGACAGUCUUCAAGCAACAGGUUAUUUGAUGGCAACGAACAGAAGCACAGCACAUUGAGAAAACGUCAAGUGAAUUUGCGUACCCUAUCAAAGAUUGACUUGGAUUUUCCUGACACUGCGCGCUCUUCGUCUGCUAUUGGCGCAAGCAGCAAGCGAAAUGGCACGAGGAGGUGGAAGCGGUCCUUGAGUGACUCGUUUCGUUCACGCCCACGGAGUGCUCCAUCUUUAGUGGAAUUGGCGUCAAAGCACAAGGGCUCAGCCGUUCCAGUGGCCCCUGACAAGUAGAUGUGCAUAUAACCAGGGUAUAUCUGCCUAACAAGUGUUUUCCAUGGGGCCUUAGACUAAACAGAUGAAUAACCAAACCUUUUCUUUCUUCCCGGUCUUUAACCCUCGAUUUUUCCCCCCGGACUUGGAGAGAAUGCAGAUAAAGGUGACUCUCUUUCGGAACUUCUAUUUUCUGUUUGCAUAUGUAUAAGGUGUAAAGGAUGAAAAUACAGUAUAUGUACUGUGUGAACCCUCUGAGAUAUAGAGAAGUUUCAGGCUAUUAGUAUUGCUCUUUUCUAUGCUGCUCAUCAACUUAACCUUGGCCAGGUAUGCAUGUUUAUGAUCUAUGUUCUGUAUUUGUGUUGGUGUUGCUGCUCGAGAUCCGCAUUGGAAUUACUCUCUCCAUAUUUUAAUACAUUCUAUAUUUUAA